UAGUUUCCAUACCAUGUUACAAAACACACAAUAGAAGAAAAAAAACAUCUAAAUUCAAUAUUAACCUCUGUUUUCCUCUGUCUCUCAAAAAACACAAAUGGAACAACUCAAAGUGAAAACAACAACUUCUCCACCUUAUCUACCAAUCCCAAUCCAUGUUCCCAUUCACACCAUGUUCUCAAACUCACCUCCAUCUUCAUCUUCUUCACCUCCUUCACAAUCUCCAACACCUUUCCCUUCACCACCUUCUCAAUCUUCACCUCCUAACUUGGCUACUCCUCAACCACCAUCUCCUCCACCACCAAUUGUUGUUAGCCCUUGUGCUGCUUGCAAGAUCCUGCGUCGCAGGUGUGUUGAAAAGUGUGUCUUAGCACCUUAUUUUCCUCCUACUGAUCCACUCAAGUUCACCAUUGCUCAUAGAGUCUUUGGAGCUAGUAACAUCAUCAAGUUCUUGCAGGAACUACCAGAACCUCAAAGAGCUGAUGCUGUGAGCAGCAUGGUUUAUGAAGCAAAUGCUAGAAUAAGGGACCCAGUUUAUGGAUGUGCAGGUGCAAUAUGUCAACUCCAAAAACAAGUUAGUGAACUACAAACACAAUUGGCCAAAGCACAAGCUGAGUUAGUUAACAUGCAUUGUCAACAAGCAAAUUUAGUGGCACUAAUUUGCAUGGAAAUGAGUCAAUCACAACAAGACCAUAAUAAUAUGAUUAUUCAGCCACAACCUAAUGUUGAUAUGAGUUGCUUCUUAGAGGAUAAUAACAGUUUUGGGUCUGCUUGGGAGCCUCUUUGGACAUGAAAUUCAUUUAAUAAUAUGAAUAAUUAUUAAUAUAUAUAUAUAUAUAUAUAUGUAUCUUAGUUAUGUGACUUAUAUCUAUUUAAUUAUUAUAGAAUAUUAGUCUUUUUUUCUUCUAUAGUAACUGUAAAACUUUCCAACUCUAAGUGGGGGAAGAGCUAAUGAAAAUCAUACUGAGGGAAUAUUUCAAUAAUAAAGUCAUAUUUAUUAGUUAUAUGGUA